UGGACCUGGCGAUAUGAAGUCAUCAGUUCACUUCUAUGAACAGUAAAAAUACCUACGACAAAAAAAUGUUGGUUCUUAUUAAUAUUGCAAUAUUUUUCGCCGCUGUUGUGGGUCAUAAUAUUCCGGCCUGCAGAGCGCCUGCGUAUAGACUGAACGAUGGCAACCACAUGCCAAGAUUUGGCUUCGGGACUUGGCUUGGAUUUGAUAACAACCAGGUCCCGGUUCCUGUGACGGACGACUCGGUGCAGAAGGCCGUGGAACUGGCCUUGGAAGCGGGCUACCGGCACAUCGACACCGCAGCUAUCUACGACGAUGAGGAUCAGGUGGGAAAAGCGGUGAGCAAUAAGAUUGAAGAAGGCGUGGUGAAGCGGGACGAGGUGUUCAUAACCACAAAGCUGUGGAACGACAAGCACGCCUGCGAUUCCGUCGUGCCCGCCCUACAGGAGUCUCUGCAGAAGCUCAACACGUCGUACGUGGACCUGUUCCUCAUGCAUUGGCCCUUCGCUACUGAGAGCAAAUUUUCGAUGAAGUUCGUGGAAACAGACUAUCUGGAAACCUGGCAGGGCAUGGUGGAGGCCAAGAAGCUUGGUUUGGCCAAGUCAAUCGGCGUGUGCAAUUUCAACUUGGGGCAGUUGCAGCGGCUGUGGAACAACAGUGAUGUGAAACCUGCAGUGUUGCAAGUUGAGACAAACCUCAACAUCCAACAGCCUGAACUCCGCGAGUUCUGCCACAACCACGACAUCGCGGUCAUGGGCUACACGCCUUUCGGAUCCCUCUUUCCCAGCAGAGCCCGGCCGGGUGCUCCCCCUCCAAGAGUCGACGACCCACACCUGGUCGCCAUCGCGCAAAAGUAUAAUAAGACUGUGCCGCAGGUUGUGCUCAGAUAUCUGUUCGAGCUGGGCGUGACCCCGAUCCCCAAGUCGGUCACAAAGACCCGCAUUGAAGAGAACCUGGACAUCUUCAACUUCCAGCUGGACGAGUUCGACCGGCAGCACCUAAAGACCUACCACAGGAACUAUCGCGUCGUCGAUGUCAAGUUCUUCAGCGAAGCCACUUAUUAUCCGUUUAUCUACUUACAAAUGUGGCCUUUUAUCAAUAUCGUUAUAUUUUUCGCCGCCGUUGUUGGCCAUAAUAUUCCGGCCUGCAAAGCGCCAUCGUACAGACUGAACGAUGGAAACCACAUGCCUAGAUUUGGCUUCGGGACGUGGCUUGGAUUGGAUAAAGAUGAGCUCCCGAUUCCUGUAAUGGAUGACUCGGUGCAGAAAGCUGUGGAGCUGGCCAUAGACGCGGGGUACCGCCACAUCGACACCGCCAGCAGCUAUGAUGACGAGGAUCAGGUGGGCAGAGCGGUGAACAAAAAGAUUGCAGAAGGCGCGGUGAAGAGAGAAGAUCUCUACAUAACCACGAAGUUAUGGAAUGACAAACACGCACGCGAGGCUGUGGUGCCCGCGUUAAGAGAGUCUCUGCAUAAGCUAAACCUGACCUAUGUGGAUCUAUACCUCAUUCAUUUCCCAGUAGCUACUAAGACCAAGGCUUACAAGCCCUUCGUGGAAAUAGACUUUCUGGAAACCUGGCAGGGCAUGGUAGAAGCUAAGGUACUUGGCUUAGCCAAGUCUAUCGGCGUGUGCAACUUCAACUUGACACAGAUGGAGCGGCUGUGGACCAGCAGUGAUGUGAAACCUGCCGUGCUACAAAUAGAGACAAACCUCAACAUCCAACAGCCUGAGCUCAGAGAGUACUGCCACAAUAACGACAUCACAGUCAUGGGCUACACCCCCUUCGGAUCCCUCUUCCCCAGCAGGGCCCGGCCUGAUGCUCCCCCACCGAGAGUUGAUGACCCGUCUCUCCAAGCAAUCGCCCAAAAAUACAAUAAGACUGUACCGCAAGUUGUCUUGAGGUAUUUGUUCGAGCUGGGCGUGACCCCGAUCCCGAAGUCGGUCACCAAGUCCCGCAUUGAAGGGAACCUGGACAUCUUCAACUUCCAGCUGGACGAGUUCGACCGGCAGCACCUACAGACCUACCACAGCAACUACCGCGUCGUCGAUGUCAAGUUCUUCAGCGAAUCCACUUAUUAUCCGUUUUAGAAAAUUUUCGUUUGACGACCAAACAUAAUGUGUAAUUAAGUAGUAUGGCAGUGUCAUGAAUGUGUGCGGUUGUUUGUUGCGCACCGUUACUUUCAAUGUUAUCUGUCAUUUCAAUGAGUAAACGAAUUAUUGGACUUUACUUAAAACUAUGUAAUGCCUAACCAUUAUACGUUGUGAAACCUGAUCACAUGAGGAUGUUCGGAUAUCGGAGCGAAACGGGGCUUGUUCUGGAAAAUCUGUAUAAAGAAUGAAGAAUAUCAACUUUAAUUACCUCAUCAAUUUGUCUGGUGCUUGCAGAAUAAAGCGAACUAAAAUUAAGGUCCAAUACGAUUUUUGUACUAACAUUGAAUCCAAGAUUUAGGUAAGUCUACGGUGACUGUGAUGGAUCGUUCAUAAGAAUUAUAAUAAUAAUAAUAUUUUUAACUUCUUUGAAAUUUAACACGCUCGAAAACAUAUUAUAGACAGGGUAAAACAAAAUACAAUCAAUUAUUGUCUAAAAUCCCUAUCCCUUAAAGAUUUUAGACAAUAAUUGAAUAAUUCCCACCGAGGCAUUAUGGUCUCAAUUAUGGUCAAAGUUUUAAAAAAAGAUUGUUUUUUGGUUCAACAGAGAUCCGUAAAAUUAGAAAACGUACACUUAGGAAGUAAUAGUUUGUAAUAGUUCU